CAAUGCUCUCCUUUGCUAUACGUGCGUUCGAACGUUGGCAAUUCCUGUGAUGCAUACUAAGAUGAAACUGGACAGGUCGGGAACCACAGGAAGGCCCAAGGGCGUGAUCACAACUCUCCGGGGCUCAUAUCUCGCUGCGAUUGGCAACGCGUAUGAAUCGAGGCUGGACGGUGAAUCUACUUAUCUCUGGAUCUUGCCCAUGUUUCAUGCUGCGGGCUGGACCUUCCCCUGGGCUAAUGUCUUUGCGUUCGCCAAGCAGAUCAUGCUCCGGGUUGUGGACAACAAGUUGAUCUGGAAACACCUCAACAACUCCGGUGUCACCCAUUAUUGCGGAGCGCCGACUGUCC